AUCCAUGCUACUUCCUCUUCACAUCGCUUGUGAGCGCGGAUUUCUCGAUUGCGUGCGGCUUUUGCUCGGCCCGAUGUGUAAAAUCAACACCCAAGAUGCCCAAGGUGAAACUCCUCUGCAUAAAGCUGCACGUUCCGGUCACCUAGAAACUGCACGUUUGCUCUUACAAGCGGGCGCACUUCCGAAUGUGCGCAAUUUCUCGAAUAGAACUCCAACUGAACUUGCGGCGUUCGCCGGUCAUUUCGAGGUUGCAGCACUGAUAAACGAAUUUAUCCACACUUCGAAUGGUCAUUACAUCACGGACGUUCCAAUGGACAACACUUUUAUCCCAGUAUGCUGGUCUCGUGAUGGUAAUUCCUGUAAGCGCCAAAGCCUGAAUGCAUUGACUGAACGACUUGAUAAGCGCCGGAGAUUUGAUGACCCCGUGUGGCAAAUCGCAACUGAUAUAGCUGGGCCGACGCAACAAGUGGAAUCCAGUUUGCUGGAACAUGCUUCAUCCAUUAACAUGGCUGAUGUCUAUGCAUCCCAGUACGCAGAUUACUUGGAAUCCUUGAAUGGCACACGCUGUCAGUGAAUAACAUUGCAUUUUCUGUAUCCUGUUUUCCCCAAGUCCGUCCAUCGUGGAACCCGUCAUGUUUGCUACAUGUUUCCCUCCACCAAGAUUAUGCCCUAUUGUUCAGAGUCAGCGUUGCUUGUUGUUUGGUUUGUUUAUCUAACCAUCUGCCUUGGACACAGCUGAGCACCCUGUGAAUGCACACUAGAUCACAUUGACUUCUUUUAUGACACGCUUGUUGUUCUUCGCCCCCUCCCCCCUCCAGUGCCAUCUCCGGUUUCCAAUUAUACCCCCCUCCGUUUCCAUUUUGUUAUCUCACAAAGUGUAUCGACUAUAAUUAUAGCAUGAAUGCCGUGAUACCGAAACAGUGCGUUAAGUGUAUAUCGUUGAAUACAUUGCAUUGUUCAUUCGGAUGAUUUUCUCCUAACUCUGAUUUGCC